AUGGUUGAAAAGAACCAGCUCCUUGAAGCGGAUAAUAAUGGCCUUAACCAAGACAAUGCCCGUUUUAUUUUGAGCCUCGGUGAACUCGAGGCCACUAUUUUCCAACUUCGAAGUGAACUUGAUUCGGUCAGGGCUGAUGCUGUGAGGAUGGUAGAAAUGCAUCGACACCUUGAAUUCGAGAGUGCUAAUGACAAGGAGAAGUUGAGGGUGGUCGAACAGAAGGCCGAGAAACGAGCCCGGAUUAGUGAUGAGCUCAAGAGCAAGCUCGAGGAGGAGGCAGAGGCCAAUGAUGUGCUUCAGGCCGAGCUUGAGUCGGCUAAUCAAAUUCAAACAGUUCUUCUCGAAGAAAGAUCCGAACUAGAGGCAAAAUUGACAAAAGCCGAGGUCGACCUAGAAGAGUCACUAAAAGACACGGAGAUUGCCGAGGCUCGUUCUACGAUUCUGGUUGAGUAUGAGCGGUGGAAAUCCCGGAGGAUUACCCUCGAAGAGGUUAAAAAGGGGUUAGGGGACCUCCAGGCCCGGAUACUCGAAGCCAAAGAGAUAGAGGAGAGGGCCAAGAAAGCUCUCGAUGCUAAGUCGGAAGAUUCCGAGCAGACGAUUUCCGAGAAUUUCGGUUCCAACCAUACUGGGUAG